ACCACGCCUCUGGGAGCAGGGCGUGGCUUCCCCCCUCCUCUCUCCGCCCACCCUCCUCCGUGUCUGCCCCGCGCCCCGCCUAGGGACGGCAGGGGCGCGGCGACACGCUCCACGCCUUGAGGGCGGGGCCGGCGUGAUGCCCCGCCUUCCGUGAGCUCAUCUUUGCGCGUCGCAGUCGCGCGGAGCCCGGCUUCCGACGUGCAUCCUGGCAGUGCGGUGAGCUGUCUGGCCUUUUGCCCUCGAUCCUUGGUUAAGGAAAUGACCAACCAGUAUGGUAUUCUCUUCAAACAAGAGCAAGCUCAUGAUGAUGCCAUUUGGUCAGUUGCUUGGGGGACAAACAAGAAGGAAAACUCUGAGACGGUGGUCACAGGCUCCCUGGAUGACCUGGUAAAGGUCUGGAAAUGGCGUGAUGAGAGACUGGACCUGCAGUGGAGUCUGGAGGGACAUCAGCUGGGAGUGGUGUCUGUGGACAUCAGCCACACCCUGCCCAUUGCUGCAUCCAGUUCUCUUGAUGCUCAUAUUCGUCUUUGGGACUUGGAAAAUGGCAAACAGAUAAAGUCCAUAGAUGCAGGACCUGUGGAUGCCUGGACUUUGGCCUUUUCUCCUGAUUCCCAGUAUCUGGCCACAGGAACUCAUGUUGGGAAAGUGAACAUUUUUGGUGUGGAAAGUGGGAAAAAGGAAUAUUCUUUGGACACGAGAGGAAAAUUCAUUCUUAGUAUUGCAUAUAGUCCUGAUGGGAAAUACCUAGCCAGUGGAGCCAUCGAUGGAAUCAUCAAUAUUUUUGAUAUUGCAACUGGAAAACUUCUGCAUACACUGGAAGGCCAUGCCAUGCCCAUUCGCUCCUUGACCUUUUCCCCGGACUCCCAGCUCCUUGUCACUGCUUCAGAUGACGGCUACAUCAAGAUCUAUGAUGUACAACAUGCCAAUUUGGCUGGCACACUGAGCGGCCAUGCUUCCUGGGUGCUGAACGUGGCGUUUUGUCCUGAUGACACUCACUUUGUUUCCAGUUCAUCUGACAAAAGUGUGAAAGUUUGGGAUGUUGGCACGAGGACUUGUGUUCACACCUUCUUUGAUCACCAGGAUCAGGUCUGGGGAGUAAAAUACAAUGGAAAUGGCUCAAAAAUUGUGUCUGUGGGAGAUGACCAGGAAAUUCACAUCUAUGACUGUCCAAUUUAAACAUCAGAGUCUCCAGGAUUAUGCUGCAAAGAGAAUGUACAGAUUGAUGAUGACAUUCCUUACCUUUUUAGGCUUAAGAGAAAUAUAGCAUUUAUUGUAGCAAAGACUUAAAUUUUAUAGAUACAAUGUAAAUCUUUUCAUGUUUUAUUGGAAAUGCUGUUCAUACUUUAACAUAGAGCUUUCUUAAUGCAAACA